UCUUCUUCCUACAUACCAAUUCUCUGGUCUAACAAAAUUUGAAUGUUCGGCGUAUUUUGUUUACUUUUAUAUGAAACGGAAUAAAAUAUAAAAAUGUAUAAAACUAGCAAAUCUUCUGAUAAGCAAAAGUCUGUUGAAAUAUGCGAAAUAAAGGAAUUAUGUGCUAAGGUGACGGAAAAAAUAUGCUAUCCAGAAGGCGUUGAAAUGUUAAAAGAAAGUUUAUUAAAAUUUUCCAAUUCCAAUUCGGAAAAAUACCAGUCAGACAGACAUUUAUUGAUAGAAGCUGUACUCAAAAGUUUAUUAAAAACCAAAGUAACAACAAAUCAUGUUGAUAACAUUAUUAAUCGUAUUAUUAUUGAAUUUCCAUAUUGUGGAAAAAGGAUAUUAGUACAACUUGUUGACUUUUGUUUAGCAAGAAUACAAAAUAAUGACGAUGAUCAUAUGUGUUGGAAAGAUUUAUUACCACCAUUAUUACAAACACUUAGAGAAGAAAAAUAUAUUAAUCACAAAGGAUCCGAAAUAACUGGAUUAGAGUACAAAUCCGCAAUUGUAAAAAUAAUAAGUCAAAGUCAAUGGGAUUUGAAACUCUUAACGUCACUUGCAAAAAUGUUUCGUGAGAUGUCAUUGGAAAAAAAUGAUCUCGAUCUUGUUCUAAGAUCUUUAAGUAACGCGCUUCUUGAAUCUGAUCUUAGUGAGAUUCCUCCUUUGGUUCAUCAACUUCUUCGACUUAGCGAUGAUAGCAGAUUACUUUUAAAUAUACUUUGUAAAUAUUUUUCUCAAAGAUAUGACGAAACUACACAGGAAAGUUGUCAAGAUAUAGGACAUAUUGAUAUAAGAAAUAUAAAAGAAUCAGAAAGCACAGUAUUAUAUCAUAUAUAUCAAGCAGUGCAAAUGGAUCAAAAGAUUUUAAAAAAUUAUUUACGAUUUCUUAAAAAUGUUACUAAUAAACCAGAAUUUAUUAUGCAGACAUUUAUAAUAUCAGUUUUAUUAUUUAAUGUUGAUUUCUUCAAAGAUCAGGUUUUUGAAGUACUGAAAUUAUCGAUCGUUCGAAGAUAUCACGAAGAAGAAAGAAGUAAAAAUAAUUUAUGGUUAAGAAAUCUCAUACCCAAUGAAUGGAAAGUUAUUGAAAAAAUCGACGAUGUUAUUGAGAAUAGUAAAAAGGAGCGAAGUAAUAUUCUAUCAAAUCUUUUAGAAUUUGCUUUUUAUCUAAUGGGAAGUGAAAAGAAAAUUGGAAAUGAUGAUACAACUGUUCUUUGGGAAAUUGGAACAAAAAUUGUUCAAAGAAUAGCUAAAAAAGAACAUGAAUCGGGAUCAAGUAUUUUACUUUGUCUAUCUGAGAGAAUAAUCUCAAAUGAAAAUUCCUUUUUACAGUAUACAGAUUGCUUAUCGUAUAUGUGUCGACGAUUGGCUUUAGUUACAACAAAUCAUCAAUCGAUAAUUACCUCUUUAUUAGAACAAUUACUCUCAAAAGCAGGAAGUGACGUAAUGCCGGUUGUAUCAGCUAUUCUUCCCUUAUUGAAAACAUCGCAACGUGUACGAGAUACUUUUGUGUUAGUCUUGAGGAAAGCAUUGACAAAAAGUGAUAUUUAUUUGCGAAAAAUGGCGGUAUUGGGUUUUUUAGAAUUAUUGAAGAAUUUAAAAGUAUCAUCACUGAAUGCCUUAAGUCAAGGAAAUAAUUGUUCGUCUUCCACUUCAACGUCUUCAUCCUCAAUUGUUACCCAAGCAGCACUUGAAAGAAAUACAGCUAGGAUUAUACAGGAUCCUAAAUAUAAUAUGUCUCUUUGUCAUGAACUAUUAUCUAUUUUAAAAAGAUGUUUAAUGUAUGAUUGUCAAGUGCGCUUAUAUUUAUACCAAGGUAUUUACGAUGCUGUUGUUAUUAAUAUGGAAUUAGCAGAAUACGUGACGGAAAUGUUACUUGAGCAUUUCAUGGUCUUCUACGAACCUAAUGAAGAUAUUUUGCCACCUCUAAUUUUUGAUAAAUCAACUAUUACACAAGGUGCCGAUGAAAUUUUACAGGAACCACUUGGGGAUUUGAUUUUUCUCAUUCAAAAAUUGUAUAUAAAAACAGCUUUAAAAAAUUAUGCUGCCAUCAAUUCAUUUGCAACAAUAUUAGAAUCACUGUGCAAAAGGAUACCUUUAACGGAAGCUGAACAUCUUAAUUUGAAUGAAACAACUGAUUUGUUAGAUAACGUUCCUAAAGCACAACAGACGCUGCAUCAUCUAAAAUUGACGAUAUCUGUUUGUGAAGCCUUAAUAGCUUUUAAAUUUGGAUCUUGGUCGAAGGAUAGUGAUCAUACUGCACAAAAUAUUAACAGUUUAUUUAAGACGUAUAUACGUUUUAUUGAUUUUCUCAAGCCAAAAAGUAAUAAAAGUAAAAAAGGUGACCCUAAGAAGGUGGAUAAAGAUGUAACUGAUAGAAGUAUGAUUCGUAAAAAUACUCGUGCCGUCACAUUGAAAUUACCAAAUACUGUUAUGGACAUUCAAACUGUUCAUAAAAUGUUAUCACUGCUGUUUGAAGAAAACUUGACGUGGGCAACGAAAGAAGAAGUUGAAAUUUUAAAACAACGCGUAGAAUUCAAUAACUAUGUGUUACAAACUUGUCUGCAGUUAAUUCGUAAUGAGAAAGCAUUAAAAAAGAAUUCUAUUAAACAACACAAAGAUAAAUAUUCAAAAACAUACAUCCAAAUUGGCCGAUUACUCUUUAAGAAUGUCAUAUCAAAUUUGGAUCAAGUUCAAGAAAUUAAUCCCAUUUCUUCAGUGCAUGCUGUUGAAUGUUUCAAAGAGCUUUGCGAUUUAAUUUGCAAUUCAUGGACUUCAGAAUUACCGGCGUUUCUCUGUAUGUCAGGCGAUGCUAUUGAGAAAGAAAGACUUGAUACUAACAUUGACACUAUUUUAAUUGAAUUAAAAAAUAAAUUUAUCGCUUCACUCCAAGUUGAUGAAGAAGAUGAUUCGAAUUUAAAAAAAGUUCCUCUAUACCUCAUCGAAACCAUUUCGUAUUUCGUUCAUAAAAUGACAUUUGAAAGAGGCGUAAUCAGUAACGAUAUGCAAGAUUGGUUGAAAACUCAAGCUGCAACUGUAAUUAAUGAUCCGUCUAUUUGUCUAAUAAUCAUUCAAUUGAUGUUGUUUGUUGAUGUUCGAACAACAGAUUACGGUGAAAUAUUUUUACAAAAUAUUAGUCAAGAUUUGUGUGACAAAUUCGCUGAGGAUAAUCAAUCCGAUACGGGAGAAUAUGAAAUAAUAAAUGUUUCAACUUUUGUUCAAAUUGCUUGUGCAGUGAACAAUGCUAUUAAAUCGAAAUUACAAGAUGUUGUUUUGUUAUUUAACAGAGUCAAAGCGGAACAAAUUUUAAUAUGCACUCCAGGACUAGAAAAUGAUGAGAUGCGUCAAAAAAUAAGAGACACUGAAAUACAAAUUUGCAAACAAUUGAGCAGUAUUGCUAUGAAUCUUCAUUUGUUGGCAUCGAUUAAAAAAACACAUGGUUUACAUUCUGAUGCUCUUUUAAAAAAUAUUCAUCAAAUUUUCAAUAUAUUGAGUAAUCUCACGAAAUAUUUCAUCAGUAAAUGGAAACCAGAAAACACAACAAACGUUUCAAAUAAAUUCAAAAUGUUAGUAGAAGUUGCUGGAAAAACUUUGAAGCCUCAAGUUGAAACUUAUAUUUAUAAUCUAGAAGAGGACAUAAAAUCACAGGGUAAAAUAAAUGAUUCAAAAGGACGACGAAAUAAAAUUUUAAGGGAAACUAAGCUGAUACCUCGAGUUAUUCAUGAAAUUGAACAAUUUAAUAAGGACAUUCUUCAGCUGUCUAAAAAAUGCAAGAUUGAAUUCAAUAAACACAUUAAACAGAGUCACACGAGAGAAUUUUCAAUUAAUAAAAGGCAGCUUGUUGAAAAUAUAGAGCGAAUUGGAAUGAGUAUGCUGACAACUCAAAAUACAACGCACAAUACAAGCAGAAAUGAAGAAGAAGAAAUUGAAGAUGACGAUGAUGAAAAUAGUGAUGAGAGCGAAGAAGAAAAUGAAGUUUCAGUUUCCAAGAGACGUAAAUUAAACUCAUCUUCUGAGUAAUAAAUUCUUUAUUUCUUUUGUAUUUGAUAAAUCUUAUUUUUUUAAAAAUAAAAUUACAGUUAAAUUUGAAAAUUUUAA